AUGUCCUCCACCACAUCCUCUUCUUCAUCCACGGCCGAAAUCCCGCCUGCAGCGCUGGUCGCCGAGUGGCACCGGGCCGCCAAAUAUCCUAAACCAUCCGCUGCCCAGGCAGCCCUGCUCGCCAUGCCGGCUGUCCGCGAGCCUCAGAUUCGGCAAAAGCACAUUAGGGACGGCAAAACCUUCAGUUACGUCCGUAACAGCAAUUCUGAGGCCCUUCUGGGGCAGAUGGUUGGUUCUCAUUCGCCCAAGCCAUGCACCCACUGCCACAUUAAGGAAAGCGGACCGUUUGAAGGUUGUAUAGUGGUAGCUGGGCGAUUCCAGGGGGCUUGUGCUAACUGCCACUUUGGCAGUGAGGGCAAGCGGUGUGACUUUCACAUCAAAAAUCUUGCAACUACUACCCCCAAGCACGCCCGCAAGCGUGCUGCCGCCCUUGCUGCGCUUGUUGCUGGAGAGGAAGAAGAGGAAGAUGAGGAGGCGGAGGAGGAGGAGGAGGAUGAAGAGGAGGAAGAGAAUGCCCGCUGCUGCAAAGGCAAAGCCCCGGCCACCUCUGCCCGCAAGGGGGUUCAUUUUGCCAGUCAUGACACCCGUGAACAUGCAGAUAGGGUCCCGCGCCGCGCCCAGCGCUUACACACCAUGCUGGCCGUGGCGGCCCGACAGGCAUCUGCCGCCGCUGCUGCCCAGGAAGCUCUCGCCCAGACGCUGCUCCUGGUAGCCGCCGAGUACGCCGAUGAUGAUGGUUUCCAGGGGUUUGGUGGAGAGGAAGAGGAGGAAGGAGAGGGAGGAGGAGAUGAAGAUGAGUCUGAGCUCUCCUCACUGGAUGAGGAGAUUCUGACUCUUGGCAGGUCAUAA